CCUUCGCCUGAGCCUCCUCCUUCGCAGCACCCGAGCCCAAGGCGCCCUCAUGGAUUCCCAAGACUGCUCGUGCUCCAGCGGUGGGGUGUGCUCGUGCGGGAACAACUGCCAGUGCAAAAACUGCAAAUGCAAGUCCUGCAGAAAAAGUUGCUGCUCCUGCUGCCCGGUGGGCUGUGCCAAGUGUGCCCAGGGCUGUAUUUGCAAAGGGCCCCCUGCAACGAAAUGCAGCUGCUGCAAGUGAAGCAGGGCUGGCUUUGGCAGCCUUGAAAAUCUGUAUAUUUGCCUGCAGAAAUGUAAUUGUCGUGUCCUUUUAUAUUUUUGCUAUUGUGUCUACUCACUGAUACUUAUGAACAUAAACUACGCUGAAAGUAAUAAAGCCAAGUGUGUAUAUAGGUCAGGGUUUCUCAACCUCGGGAACUUGAAGAUGUGUGGACUUCAACUCCCAGAAUUCCCCAGCCAACAUGGCUGGCUGGGGAAUUCUGGGAGUUGAAGUCUUCACAUCAAGUUCCUGAGGUUGAGCAACACUGAUGUAAGCAGUAUUGUUGGUGUUUUGGUAUUUGCUUUCUCAAAGUGACCAGCAGGGGGCGCUGGUGGGUGUAAGAUGCUGAGCUCCAGUACAGAAUCCACUCUGUAUUAUUGCUAUAUUUCAGAUAUCAGAAUUUUAGGCAGCCGAUUGCAAGAUACUAACUCCAGUCUAAAAAUAAAAUGAUUUUAAAUAC